AUGCACUGGAAGGGAUUGCGAAUUGGUUCUUCCGAUAGCAAUGAGGCCAAACGACGGAGCUACCUAUUCGAGCCAAACGCGCAAGCCCGCCAUAGCGAACAAAUCCCACGUCCUACACUCUCUACGACCGCACUCAAUCCAAGACACUCUGAGUCCGCUUCUCGUUCUCCCUCUCUGGCCGGCCCAGAAUUCGACGAACAAUUGAAUGAAGGACAAGGCAACAAUCAUCUCACGAAAACGCCCAGUCGCACCGAUGACCCAAGCCCGAGACCGAGGAAUCCUGGUCAUUUGCCUUUGCCGGGAAGCGGUCCCAAUUGGCGCAUAAACCGGUUUAGCUUCAUGAGACUCCGCCAUGCGUCAGAUCCUCAGUUGUCUAAAUCUUAUGCUAAAGGAGAAAAAGAUAUUCCCCCCGUGCCUGAACUUCCCCCUCCUACUAUAAUCACAACUGCGCCGACCAAUCAUGAAAUCGAUGAGCCGGUGAAGCGGAAAACGAAAUUCAAAUUCUUUCAGGAUAACAGGAAGUCUUCAACAGACGAACUUCCUUCCGAACAGGGUAGCCUUAAUGGAAGACCUCGACAUGUCGCUCAGGCUUCGACAGGAUCACAAGCCGCAGAUAUCAGUCGAGCAUUACAUCGCGUGAGUGGUGAGGAGCCGGGCCGUCUAUCAACCACAUCGAUUCGAAGCAACGGUCGGGAUCAUCCCAGCGAGUCGAAUCGUUCUUCGGUAGUAGACGUGCGAUUUUCCGAGUCGUCACGUUCCGAUCAGAGCGCAGGCGACCAUGGAGUCGCCCGCCCAGUGCACUCGAAUGAAGGCUCAAUAUCCAGCGCCAAAAAGUUCCGAAUGCCACGUUUGAAACGAAAUCGCACGCCUCUCUUCCCACUACCGCCGAAGCCCCUUGUGUCACAGUCAAUGAAUGGUCGGACCCCUAGAUCCUUGAAUGGUCAAACAGUUGCCAAACCAUCCACACCCGAAGGGCAAGACCAGGACAAUAUCUCUCCGCUACCCUCGCCUUCGCGUUCCGCGGGUGUCGCCUCCCCGCGACCGCCUCUUUUGAGAAACGACUCGGCCAAUUCGACCCAUUCCGCGCGUUCGACCCCCUCAACCAGGAAUCGAAACUCCCUGACCACGCGCGCGCGAUCGUCAACAUUGGACUCUUUGGCGAACAUACGUUCCAGCGAGCCGCAAGCGUCACCUCACUUGACACCCUCUGGACGUACGUCGACCUCAACUAGCGGGCGGAAAAGCUUCGGUGAUAUAUUCAACAUCCCGCAGCGACUCCGACAGAAUUCCGAGCCACCCUUCCCUCGCAGUGGGUCACCUGCCACCCGGGGGGCCGAGACUCCCGUCACGAAGACCCCAUCCUAUCCGGCGCGACAAGAGGACGAUACACCAGCUACGUAUCUAGAGCGCUUAGAAGCCGAGGUCUCGAAAAGCGCCAUUGCCAGUGUCCUUUCGCAAUCCAACGACGAGUUCUACAAAAAUGCCCUGCGCAAAUAUAUGCGGGGAUUUUCGUUUUUUGGCGACCCAAUUGACAUGGCCAUCCGAAAGCUAUUGAUGGAAGUUGAAUUACCAAAGGAGACGCAGCAGAUUGAUCGAUUCCUUCAGAGCUUCGCCGACCGAUACCACGAAUGCAACCCCGGUAUCUUUGCGAAUCCAGACCAGGCAUAUUUCAUCGCCUUCUCGAUCCUCAUUCUGCACACUGAUGUCUUCAAUAAGAACAAUAAGCGCAAAAUGCAGAAGCCUGACUAUGUCAGGAACACUCGCGGGGAGGGCAUCUCAGAAGAUAUUCUUGAGUGCUUCUACGAGAAUAUCUCCUAUACGCCCUUCAUUCAUAUUGAGGACAACAACCCCAAUGGACGUCAUCUCGCCAAGCCCCGACGGGCUUUGUUCAGGACCGCUAGCUCAGAUCACUUGGGUAAAGAGCCAGUAGAUCCUUAUACCUUGAUCAUGGACAACAAGCUUGAUUCUCUUCGGCCAAGCCUCAAGGAUGUCAUGAAUCUAGACGAUACGUACCGCUGCGAUGGCACGGAAGGACCGCCAGACAUUGAAAGUCUCCACCGUGCGUUUUCGAAGUCCGCAGUCCUGCAGAUUGUCUCCGCACGGUCUCGACCGGACGCUUUCAUGCCAUCGAGCAUGGAGAAUCCGAUUGAUUCGAGCCCGGGUUUGGUGGACAUCAAAGUGGCAAAGGUCGGAUUGCUAUGGCGCAAGGAUCCGAAGAAGAAAAAGGCCCGAUCUCCGUGGCAGGAAUGGGGUGCUCUUCUGACCUUUUCGAAACUGUACUUUUUCCGGGACGUCAACUGGGUGAAAUCCUUAAUCCACCAACACGAGUCACACGUCAAGGAAGGUCGCCGUCGGGCCGUUACCUUCAGACCACCUCUUACUGACUUCAAGCCUGAUGGCAUGAUGCCGACCGAAGAUGCUGUCGCGUUACUGGAUGCUAGUUACAAGAAGCAUAAGAAUGCGUUUGUCUAUGUCCGUUCAAACGCCAUAGAAGAGGUUUUUCUUGCCAAUUCGGAGUCUGAUAUGAACGAUUGGUUGGCAAAGCUCAACUACGCGGCCGCUUUCAAAACAACCGGUGUUCGAAGCAAAGGAAUGAUAGCCACCAACUACGAGGCGCAGCGCAAUCGCAUGAGCCGCAGAGGGUCCGCUGCAUCCUUGGCAGACCGAGAACCGCCCUCACCUAACCCCGCGACCGACAUUGGCGAGGACUUGCUCGCAUCACAGAGUCAAUUGAUGCGCCUAAAGAUUCGGGAGGCCAACGAAAAGUUAUUUGUUAGCCAAAGGCAGCUUGACGAUCUACUGCGAAACGCGAGACAUCUACAAGUUCUGACCCCUGUGCACUCCAGAGCCCGCGAACAGGUCAUCAUGGCGGCUGGACGCAUGGCUGCGAAGCUCAAAUGGGUGAGACAGGACAUAUGGCGGACCAGGUGUUACCGAGAGGUGCUCGUCCGUGAUCUUGGCGAGGAACUGAACGAGGCCCAACCCACGACCGACCCCAAACGUCUUCAACUGGAGAUUCCCGCUUCAACCGCUACCAACACCGUGGAAGGACCCUGCGAGGAAACUGGGACCAUCAAAGUUAUCUCCCCAAUUCGGGAAGCUUCUCCACAUCCCAACUCCGCAAAGCCACCAUCCAUCUCCCAGGCCUCUUCACACCCUGCCUCGGCGGACGUGAGGCGGCCGAGCAUUCCGGCAUCCUUCGCUUCGUUCGACCAACCUGAUCGCGCUGGUAGACGUCUAUCUGUUGAUGCUAUUAAGGAGCGUGCUAUGUCAAGCUCCCCUGAUCGUGCUAACCGGCUCACUCGUGAAGCCUCCGUUCUGAGCGCAGCUAGCAGAUUCGAUGUCGCAAGCCUCGGCUCCCACGCGUCUAAGCUUACUGUGCCCAACAGUUUCGAUGAGGGGGAAGAGCGCAUCCUUCGGGAAACCAAUCUACUCGAAGUCUCACGACGACCAUCGCUUGCUUCUAAGGAGGGCGAAACUGACCCGAAGCACAAUGACACUCAACCCAGGCCUUCGAUCGAUCGCGCGAGCCGAAUUCGCCGCAGUCUUCAUCGCACCCUCCGCGAUGCGCCGAGUGUGAACGGGAAUUAUCCACGGAGCAAGAAAUCACGCGACUCAACAUCUAGCUUGGGCGCGCUUGAGGAUGCGCAAGGUACGCACGACAAUGAGGGACUCUCGAGAAAGUCAGCCAGCUUCACCGUGCACGGUAAAAAGGCUUCAAUUGUCACCUUUGGCAGCGAAUGGCAGAAUAUGCCGCCGGAGGAGCGCCUAAAGCUACGGAAACCUACUCCAUCGGAUGAACCACGAGCAUCAGAUUCCGCGAUAGGCAGCGGUACUGAGUCCAUUGCCUCUGAAAACAACUUGCAUCCGCGUUACCCGCACUCUCUGCGGAGUACC